AUGCGUUUCCAAAACAUUGCCCCUCUUGCUCUUGCAGCAUUUGCUUCGGCACAGAACACCACAGAAGGUGGUAACAUCACCACUGGUGGAAACAUCACCACAUCGACCAAUGGAACCGUUCCUUUGGCCAAUCAGCAGCUCAACUCUUUCUGGACUCUGCUUCAGCAAUUCAAUCUGUUGAACAGCUUCAGCAGCCUGUCGAAUGUUACUGUUCUCGCUCCUAGCAACAAUGCUUUGGCCGCAUUGAACUCCUCUGGUGUUGCUCUCACCUCUGAGCUUGUCCAAGCAUUGAUUUCAUACCACACCCUCAAUGGUACGAUCUUGGCUUCUAACAUCAACAAUGUUACCUCCGCUUUCCCUCACACACACCUGACCAACCCUGCAUUCUCGAAUGUUACCGGUGGGCAAGUAGUCGAGGCUAUCUUGGUUAACCAGACUGCCUACUUCUUCAGCGGGCUCAAGAACAACGUCUCUGCCACCGAAGUCAACCUCAACUUCACCGGUGGUGUCAUCCACAUCGUCGACGGUACCCUUACCAUCCCUGGCAACCUCACCUCCACCCUUACCAACUCCAACCUGACCGCUCUGGCCGGCGCUGCUACUGCCCUCAACCUCACAUCCACUCUUAGCAACCUGCACGAUGUCACCAUCUUCGCUCCCAACAACGACGCCUUCCAGGCUGUCGGCGACGCACUCGCCAACGCCUCGACCACCGAGCUGACUUCAGUCCUCGGCUACCAUGUCGUCAAUAACAGCGUUCUGUACAGCGCUGACAUCCCAGAGGGUGAGACCGUCGUUCCCGCCUUCCUCGGCGGUAACAUUACCGUCCAGAACAUCAAUGGCAGCUACUACGUCAACUCUGCCAAGGUUGUCAACCCUGACAUCCUCUUCUCUGGUGGUGUCAUCCACGUCAUCGACAGACUUCUCAACCCCAACAACACCGUUGCUCACAACGCUACCGACACUGCAUCUUCAUCUACCACUUCUCAGGCUUUCGCUGGUGUUACCACCAGAGCUUCCAACGUCCCCUUCACUUCUGGUCAGGCUACACCUACUUCUGGUAACAACGCUCAGAGCAGUGCUACUACCGGUGCUGCUGCCACUUCUACUGGUGCUGCCAACGCCUUCCAGUCCGGUGCUGUUGGUGCUAUGGCCUUGUUCGGUGGUAUCGGUGCUCUUGUUGCCAACUUGUAA